AUGUCGUCUCCUGCUUCCUCCAAACUUUCCCAUCCUCCCUCUUCCAAGGGCAACGCGGCCUCUCCUAAGGUGACGUCUGAGGACGUUGAGCUUGGUCCAAUUCAGAAUGGGUCCGCCGAACCAAGCAUUCCUCUCGAAGAGGAUAUCAUGCAAUGCGCUCGCAUCGGAGCCCUCGAGCACAUUCAAAAAAUGAUCGAGUCGGGGAAAGUCGAGGCCAAAUAUGCGGAUGAAGAGGGAAUCACACCUUUACACUGGGCUGCUAUCAACAAUCAGUAUGCUGUGUGCAAGUACCUUGUCGAACAAGGUGUAGAUGUUAAUGCGAAGGGAGGCGAAUCCAACGCUACACCAGUCAUGUGGGCUGCGCAGAGAUCUCACUUCUACAUUGUGAAUCUACUACUUCAGAAUGGUGCGGACGCACUAUUGACCGACGGUCAAGGAUACAACAUCCUCCAUCUCGCCACAAUCGAUGGGAAUGCACUUCUUUUGGUCCUUUUACUGCAGCAGAAUAUUCCAGUGGACGCUCCAGACCCGCAGGGACAUACAAGCCUGAUGUGGGCAGGAUAUAAAGGAUGGCCGGCCUGUGUUGAUCUUCUGUUGCGAUCUGGUGCAAAUGUUAAUGCAAUCGACGACAAUGGUUACACUCCUUUACACUGGGCUCUUGUCAAAGGCUCUAAACCAUGUCUAGAUAAAGUCAUCGAAUAUGGCGCAGACCGAUUCGCCAAAACCAACGAAGGAAAGACCCCAGCCAUCUGUGCAGAAGAAAUGAGCACCAAGCGAGCAUAUCAUCGCUCGUUGUCUGAUCACGGCUACGAUGCUAAUGGUAACCUCAAAACCCUACCGCUCAGCCUACACCUUGUUCUUCGCGACCGUUCGAAGAUGGCCAAAUUCUUCUUCUUGUAUCCCUUUUUCAUCAUCCCUAUUGGCCUGUACAUUAUCAGUCACUUUCAAAUUUUUGUUGGUCUGCCGGUCUUCCUGGUCGUAUGUCUUGGUAUGCAGUAUAUUGCUCAACGAAUUGCCAUGAUGGGACCCAUGGACUAUCACGUAAUACACAAAACACCAUAUCUAUCUGGCAUAUUUGCUGGCACUCUGUUUUGGGUUGGCUUCAGUUAUUUGACGUCACUGCUGUCAGGAACAUUCUCAACUAAUCCCUUUUUCAAUUUGCUCUUCAUUCUGAGCUUCUCCAGUACAACAUAUUUCUACUUCACCGCCAUGCGAGAAGAUCCUGGAUACAUUCCCAAGCUGGCAUCACGGAAUCUGCAACGAGCAGUCAUAGAAGAACUCUUCUCGUUGUGGAAAUUCGACGAAGAAAAUUUCUGCCUUCAAUGUAUGGUCAGGAAACCACUGCGAUCCAAACACUGUCGUCGGUGCAAUCGUUGUGUUGCCAAACACGAUCAUCACUGCCCCUGGGUUCACAAUUGUGUGGGCAACAACAACAUUCGACAUUUCUACAUGUACAUCCUUAGCCUUGAAAUUGGCAUCUUGCUAUAUAUCCGCCUUGUUCUCUCUUACCUAUCACUUCUUACUCCACCACCGGACGAUGCGAUCUCGAAAUGCAACAUCCUUACCCCAUCGCUAUGCAGCUUCGUACUUAGAGACCCAUGGACAGUGGCUCUCACAUUCUGGGCUUGUCUGCAGCUCGUUUGGGUCACAAUGCUCAUUGUGGUUCAGUCUGUACAGAUAUCCAAAAACCAAACCACUUUUGAAAACAUGAAACGACAUGAGCACUCUCAUGGUUCUCAUGGCGCACCACUGUUACCACAACAUCGGCAUCAAAUCACCCAGGGAGCUUCUACAGCAACGACGUCGUUGAACGAUACCGCAGCAGCCUCUACACGUCUGAACCCCAUACCGCGCCGGCCUGACGGAUGUCUCACAAGAUGGAAGAAAUUGAUUGGACUGGAUGCGUUCCUUGCCACAGCAUCCGAUGCUUCGCAUGGCAACCUGCAGUCUCGCAGGUCGAACCCCUAUUCUCGAGGUCUCAUUGGCAAUUGUCGAGACUUUUGGUUUGAUCCAGCUCCCAUCUUUGGGAAUCGAAACAACGGCGAGGGUUUCUUGGGCGGAGAAGUUGUUGAUUAUGCACACUUGUACGAAGUACCGCUGAGGUUGAGGAGAGGUGCUGGUGGUAUGCAAUAUGCUAGUGUCGCUGGUGACGAGGAGGACGCAUGA